AUGUCGCUGGCGCUGCUCAAGAUUCUAUUGCUGUCCUUGAUAGCGUCCACAGGGGCAUCGUUCAUGGAUCUAUAUGCAGGAUCUAUACGAAAGAGUAACUAUAACCAUCAACUCGUCCAGGGUUAUGACGGCGCUAACCAGAAGAGUCCCGACCUAGUCAAGUUGAUCCACUCGAGAACAGCCCAACAUGACAGCGUCUUCUCAAAUGCGAUACAACUCCUCGAAUCGAUGAAAUCGUCGCCGUCGUGCAGUAGAAUAGCUGCAAUGAAGCUUCUCACAUCUUGCCAGAGCCUUAGCAGCUCUGAACCUUCAGGCGGGGCCGAGAUCGCAGAUACCCUCGACCGAGUGAAGUCUAUAUAUGCCGCCAGACUUGCGUUAUGUGAACUCUCAGGGGCUGGCGCCUCAAUCCCGCUGUCAUGCUCAUCGAUCCGAAUUGCUUCUGACGCGGCUUACGAUGAAUCCGGAAUAGACUUGGUGGAUAUUGCCGAUGAUUUUUCAGCAUCUGUGGUUGAAGGUUGUCUUCGGGGGUUGGAGUCGAGACCUCAGUGGUGGACGAGUUACAGUAAUAGCAGACAAAAUGCAAUCGUUAUCUGUCAGGCUGCGCGCAUUGAAAUUGAAAAGGAGGAAAUGCUGAAUUUACACCAGUCAUUAGCUAAGAAUGCAGAAAACCUCAACUCUGCUUUACAGACAGCAUUACGGGAUGCUGCUGCCGAGAAUGCUCAGCAAAGGAUAUUCAUGGAAACAGUGUACAAACUGAGGGAUCGGCUUAUAACAGAGCUUCAAAAAGAUAGCAUCCAGGCAAGCAGUCUCUUCGCCAGUCUUCUCCGAAACUUUGAGGGUGUUGUGAGCUCCAGCAUUUCAAAAGUUCUUUUGCUUCUGAAAGAUGUGGAAGAAGAUUCCUCUGCUCUGAGCCAGGGCAUGCAUAUUUCUAUUACUGACAUUGAGCAUUUGCGAAGUCGAAUAAAUGAGAUAUAUAACGAACUAGAACGGCGAAACUCAGAAUUGAAGGAUUUGCAAGGGCAGGAUAUAAAAGAUAUGGAAUCUAACCAUGAGCUCACACUCUUCAUGCAGUCCUCAUUGAACAAUCUGCAGGAAAGAGUUGCUGGUGUGGAUGGGGCGCUGGAAUGGUUGGUGGAACGUUUUGCCGCAGUUCACAAACAAGAGAGUCUUAUAUUAGAGAGACUGCAAUCUUUCGAAACGCACUUAGAAGAAUCCGAGGCACGCGCAUCAAGGCUUCUCGAAACACAAGCUCAUCAUGCUAAAGCUAUUGAGACACAAGCUCAGGCCCAGGAGGCUUUAGGCGCCAAUACGAAGAUUGUGUUCGCCCUGCUUGAGAAGCUCACAGUUCGCGCCGCCAACCUGGAGUCUAUACUUGAGGAAACAGCGUCCAAGUUCAAGGAUUUCCAAGAAAUGGACGGCCUAUUCGGCCUGAACAUCUCACUUUGGACGGCUCUUUCAUUACUUCUUACUCUGUUUGCGGUUCAGAAUCCCAAGAUGGCAGGUAUAAUAUCUGUUUUUGCGGGGUUUGCCUUGGUUUCUAGAGCUAUUUCAUAUAUUACCCAUUUUCAUUUGUCGACAUUCAUGAAUCGUAUUUGA